GACCAUACGACCUACACUGCGCAUGAGUCGACACCAAUAUGGUUAUGAAAAUUGUUGUUACAUGACUUUUAUUUUAAGAAGACAGACUGUUUAACUGCUCGUUUGCACAAGGAGAGGAACAGUAAAAUGGCAGGAGAAGAGGAGGAAAGCAGGAGCAAGGGUUUUCGGUUGCUGGGGAUCAUUGAUGUCCAGAACACCCCGUGUGCCAGAGAUGCCAUCCUACAUGGUGCUGGAGGCUCUCUAGCUGCUGGUCUGUUGCAUUUUCUGGCCACAAGUCGGGUUAGAAGGUCAUUUGACGUUGGAUUUGCAGGAUUUAUGCUGACAACACUUGGAUCCUGGUUUUAUUGCAGGAUGAAUAACGCCAAGAUCCGAGUGCAGCAGAGAAUGAUCCAGGGCGGUAUCAAGAAUAAGGUGAUAUAUGAAGGAACCACUCUGGACCCUACAAGUAAACCUGGAGCAGAAUCAGGACCGUCGUGACCAGCACUUACAGUACUACCCUACCUCACCUCUGUGAAGGCUUGGAGGAGAAACGAGGACGUUGCCAGGGUCCUGUCACAAAGACUAAACAUUUAGUGUUGAUUUUCCUAAAGGUGGACUUCAACUGCACUAAUUAUGGACUGCUUAAAUUAUUUAAUGUGUGCUGUGUUGUUUUGGCCGAAAUAUUAAGAUGCCGCAAACCCAAAUGGUGAAACUUCCAUUUCAAGCCCAUCAGUACUUUUAGACCGAAAGACCACGCUGACACACAUACACACACAAAAAAAAAACUAUUUUAAUGCAUAAAGUUUUUCGAACCCCUCUCAUCACUUUGUUGCUUCAUGCUGUGAUUUCUAUCUUCUAUCUGAACGUUCUUCUGCACAGCAGUCCACAACUUAUUAGAUUAAAUCCACCCAAGUGUACACCACUUUCCAGGUGCCACCAGGAAAUAUCUCCACUCUUGGGAAUAAGUGUCUCUUACAGAUUGAGACAGAUUUCUGUCUAACAGAAAGUUAAAUUUGCUGCAUCAGUCAAAACUCUGCCUGUGACAUCACUGAUAUGAGCAUGGCUUGAUGUUUAACACGUUUCUACAUGUAAAAACACAGACGGCAGAGCAGCAGCCUCUUUAUGUUAGAGUAUUGAAAUCGAAUUUUAAUUUUUUUUGAUUUAUUUUCUGUUCUUGUUAAAUGUGUCCAAAAUAAACUGUGUACUGAUACAACGCUGAUUUUAUCACAUGCCGGCUUAUUAAAUCAACAUUAGUGUCUACUGUAUGUAUAUUGUUUCUAGAAACACACUAGAUUUCUAUAUUUUCCUGCGAAUUUAAAAAAUACAUAAAUGUAAGCUGCCAUUUUUGUGCAAUGGGUAGUGAUGUCUCCUGGCUGUAUUGUCUUUCCCACUUGGCUUGUACUCACCCCAGUUUACAAUACAGAUACUUCUUAUUCAG